CAAAAGUUGUCUGUCUAUACCUUUGCCCCUCUCCAUGGCUAGACCUGCAGGCCUCAUCUUUCAACUUCUUCUUCUCGCCUUAUUUCAUGUACCCUGCAGUAGUGCCAAAGAUAAUCAGCACCAACAUUGUCCCCCUUCUUCUUGUGGACAUAUUCCAAACAUUAGCUCCCCUUUCUGGUUAAACACCAAUCAGCAUAACUGUAAAGGGCUCCAAGGAUAUAAUUUAUCCUGUGAGAACAACCAUACAGUAUUGUAUUCAGGAUCAGCAAAAUUCUACGUUCAGGCCAUUAAUUAUUUUAAUCAAACAAUCCGACUCGUAGACUCCGGGAUUCAGAAAGGUAGCUGCUCCUCCAUACCUCAUUUUUCCUUCGAUACCGUUACCUUCCCUUGGAACCUUUACUCCAGUUUUUAUGACUAUGACUAUGACUCUAUUUCUGUGAGUGAUAUUCUUUUCAUAAGCUGUGAAAACCCUGUGAAUGCCACUGAUCUCUAUGUUGACGCUUCUGGUUGCGUUAAUGCCAGUUCGUUCUCCACGUCUUACCAGCCUGAAUCCAAUGGCAGCAAAAGGUGUUAUUAUGUGAAAAUCGGCUGGACAACUCCGCUGGAGUUAAAAAGCUCUUGCCGGAUUGAGCUGAUGUCACUUUUUCCGUUUUCACGGGAAAAGAAUUACAGGAACUUCUCUUACCUGGACGUUCACCGUCAGCUGGAAUAUGGAUUUGAGCUCUCGUGGAAGAAAGCUCCUGACUAUAUCGUCAGUUUGGUUUGGCCUAGGACGAAUGGAGAGCUACUAUUAAGUAAGUACCUUUAACUUCUUUUUUUUUUUUUUUUUGAACAGAGUACCUUUAACUAAUUUGUAUACGUAAAUAUUAAAAAUAAUAUAUUGAUGAGGAUUUUAAAAUGAAUGAACUCUGUUUCUUAGCAACAAAACGGGUGGGGAUAUUGCCCAUGAUUAGACUUUAUUAACCUCCCUACUCACAAGCUCUUCAACCUUUUUAUUUCUAUUUUUAUUUUGGUUUGUUUUCCGCCCCAAUG